AUGCACCCAAGAAGUCACCAGAAUCAUCAUCAAGAUGAAAACCAAAUCAUGAUUGCGAGUGGAGAAUUAAUUAUGAGACAAGAUGGAUUAUUCGGAAGAUGGAAAAAAUUUUUCUUUACAUUAUCCAAGGAUGGAGUGCUCAUCAAAUUUAAAUCCUCUAAUUUCCAUACACCCUUGCAAAGAUAUCUCAUGGUGUAUUCUUCUUCUUCACUUCAACUAGAGCGCAAAAUGGAUAACAAAAAGGAUGCUUCUUCCUCAGUGAUCACUGAGCAAGGUCAAGGUGGUUCUGUUGUUCUUGCUCUUGAUUCAACAGUCGUACCAUCUCUUCCACAACCUGCUCUUCAUAUUUGUGGUAAAGAAAAUAGUUUAUUACUAUUUGUGGAAAAUUCGUUGGGAGAAAGAGAAACCCUUUUAGUGGUGGCACCAAGUGAUGAACAAUACGUCAUGUGGAUACGAGGCUUCGAGAUCGUUUAUGAACAUGUCAAAUAUGAAUUGUCGAAAAGUCAUUAUCAAAUGCCAGAUUUUUCCACCUCGUCUAUCACAUCAUCGUCUUCUCUUUCAAUUCAAAGCUUGUUGGAACACAUCCCAAAGAGUAUUAACUUUGAGCUCUUUCAAAAAGGGUUGAAAAUUUCAAAACUUGUUGAGAUGAUGACCGAUCCAACGAUCAUUGCAAAUGAAAAGGGCAUUAUUUUGGGUGUUAACAACUCAGCAGAGGUUUUAUUUGAAUGGGAACAUACAGAAUUAAUUGGUGAGAGUGUUAAGGUAUUGAUGCCUUCAAUGUUUGCCAGUCACCACGACGAGUACAUGGCUGAAUAUGUAAAGCAUAGAGUGAAGAGAAUGAUUGGAAAACCAAGGAAUGUGGUUGGAAAGACAAAAUCUGGAAGAGUAUUUGCUGUCGAAAUAUCACUUGGAGAGAUUGAUCACAACCACCACGACGAAGAUUUUUCUGAGAUGGCCUUCAUGGCUGUAUUUCGAUUGGUAAAUCCAAAUGUAGUAUGGAGCGACUCUUUACCGACUGCUGACACCAUUACUCAAUCCAAUGCUGAAGUAGUUCAACAAGACGAAAAGGAUUUCAAUGAAAUACUCUUAGCCAGUAGUGGAGAGAAUAAGGCAAAAGAGUUGAUUUAUAAUACUGUACGUGGUGGACACAGUCAAACGAAUAGCCCUGAGGACGAGGAUAGUGAAGACUCAGAAUGCAGCAGCGAUGACAACGUCAUUGUUGAACAUUUGUUCGUCAUUAGUGGCAAUGUUUUAGAGAACAACUUUCAAUCAACUGCCAUUCUACAACAAUUAUCCGAACACAAACACAAAAUUGGCAGCCGUGUUGAAAAGUUUAAACAUCAUCUAGAGCGAUCAUAUGAAAAGGAAGCUAAACUAUUGAGAACCAAAGUAUUAUUGCUCUCCAAGCAACUUGAAAUACUUGAGCAAGAAAAUGAAAAAUUAUUUAUGCAACAAGAAUCAGAACGUGAGCAUAUUGAGCUCCUUGAACGAGAAAUGACCAUCUUAUUUCCAUCCACGCAUAUUUUCUUUCUCGAAAUGUUGACUGAAAAUUCAUAUCGUGACGCAAUUUUAAAUUGGAGUGAUAGGAAGGACACUUGUCUUUACAAUCAAGUCAGAUGCUGUUUACGCAUUUGUGAAUUUAAAGAACGAUUUUCUACAUUGUCGCCUCGAACCACAUCCGAACAAGGCCUUAAAGAAAUGGAGACACAAGCAAGACUGCUGUUUGACGAAUAUUUUUCGUUGAACGCAAAGUAUCAUGUUGUAAUACCAAAGGAUAUUGUGCAAAUCAUUUCAUUAAGAUUAGAAACUCCAACCUCUCACAUGUUUCAUAUUGCCCUGCACAGCAUUAUGUCAGACUUGAUACAGCAUUAUUGGAGAGAUUUAUCUCAAAAUGAGAUUUUGGGAAAGCUCUUUUAA